UACGACUACCGACCAUUGCAAGUCAACGGAACAGAAAUACGACUCAUCGAGCUGGCUCCAUCAAAGCAUCUAGAUGACGAGCUACAUUGUCGGCUUAUCCACGUAGAUCUUCGAGACUUUAGAGAUCAAUACGAAGCAGUGUCAUACACCUGGGGCACUACAGAAGACCCUGAAAAGCUCAUCGUCGACGCAGAUUUCACGGCAGGAGAAGAACAUAGCCCUAGAACAUUGGGAGGUCGUCAGCAUAUUAGUAUCACUGCAAAUCUUGCGCUUGCUUUGAAAAGAUUCCGACGACGCGACAAAGUGCGUCUGAUCUGGGCUGAUGGCGCAAGCAUUGAUCAAUUCAAUCCCGACGAGAAAUUCCACCAAAUCCCCAUCAUGCAAGACGUCUAUGAAAGCGCUUUUCGAGUCCUCGUUUGGAUUGGAGAUGCAGAAGAAGAGGGCAGAAAAUGUAUGGAUGUGCUCCGG